UAGCCGGCUCGCUGUGUCACAGAGAGUCCCCUUAAGCCUACGCGACCACUCUCGUACUGUCCCUUUGUGACCAGCUUAAUCGGCAGAAUGCCCGGUCUCUGCGUGCUUUGUCUCGCCGCCGCACUGGCCGCGUUCACCCGUCUCGCCGGCACCGUGGGGCCAGUGGUCCGGUGCGAGCCGUGUGACAGCGGGGCGCUGCUCCAGUGCAAGCCGCUGCCGAAGGACUGCGCCGAGCGCGUCAGGGAGCCCGGCUGCGGCUGCUGCACGACGUGCGCUCUCGGCGAGGGACUGGCGUGUGGAGUGUACACGGCGCGCUGCGGCUCCGGCUUGACCUGCCAGCACCAGCCGGAGAGCCGACCCCUGCAAGCUCUGCUGGAGGGACGGGGAGUGUGCUCCAGCGCCGCGUCCAAACUCAACAGCGUUCUCACACCGGCGCAAAAACAAGAGAACGCUGGACAUCAGGUAGAAGGCUGUGCCAACGUGACCGCGACGGUGCCUGGCGUGGAGACCGUGAAGGGUGGGCACAGUCGGGCGUCGAUGGAGACCAGGUCUCCUCUGCCCAACAAGCUGAUCCAGAAAGAUCAGAACAAGAAGACUCAGAGCUACAAGGUGGAAUCGGUGUCAGGAGGAGCCAAUAUGGACAUGCACAACUUCUCCCUGGAGAACAAGAGGGAGACCGAGUAUGGGCCGUGUCGACGGGAGAUGGAGAGCAUCCUGAGCGGUCUUAAAAUCAGCAAUGUGCUCAAUCCGAGAGGCUUCCGCAUACCCAACUGUGACAGAAAGGGCUUCUACAAGAAAAAACAGUGCCGUCCAUCCAAAGGCAGGAGGCGGGGCUACUGCUGGUGUGUGGACAAAUACGGGCAGCCUCUGCCCGGCUAUGACGGCAGGGAGCGGGGCGAGACGCAGUGCUACAACCUGGAGAGCAAAUGAGAGGACGGAGGGAUGACGAGCGGACGGA